UUCUUUUAAAACGCGUUCCAUGGGUGCAAUCCGGUCAUUUCACCUUCUACUAAAAUUCUAUGCAAAUCAUGUGAAAAUACAUUUUCCACUACUGAUUAUCUUUAAAACGCUCGUCAAAAAUACCUCUACCACGUCACUUUUGAAUCGCGAUGGAUUGCACCAGACUCUAGAAAAAGUUUUAUUAAAUAUUGGUGCGGCACCAACGCCGAAAUUGCGUGUAGUAUUGCAAGUUCUUACCACAACAACAAAAAAUCGAUGCUGCUGUCAGAAUGUCCUGAAAACUUCAAUUUUAAGUUGGUUAUUACGGUGUUUAGACAGAGCUCAUAAAAACGAAGGAAAAGCGCGUGCGAAGAUUUUCUCCCAUUGUGUUACUUGUUUACUUCAACUGUGCGCUAUAAAGCAAGCAAAGCAAUUAUUAUCCGCCAGUUCUCCCAUACAAACUUUAGUUCGAAUGUGUCAAAAUCUUCCUGAAGGUCGUACGUACGAUACCCUUAUGGCUAGAUCUUGCAAUUUAGUGCAUUUAUUAUUAGGAAGAAUUCCGUUGCCUGUGCCCACCAUGAUGGGACCGUUCGUCUUUGAUGUGCCUUAUAACGAUGAAGAUGUUACGAGUUACAAACAGAAACAUGAAGGUAGUCCAGCGUCGGAUGAUGCCAAUUCGGACAUUGCAUCCGAUUGUGGUGCUUCUUCAGAUGCUGAAGCUGGCGGGGAAGGUGAAGAUGGAUCCAAGGAUAUUCGUGUUGAUACUGGUCGUAGUAUUGAAGAUUUAUUUAGAUACGCAAUUUUCUACAGCGAGUACGGCUGCUCCAGCAACCAGCUGAACUCUAGCCGGUCAGAAGCCAAGGAUCAAGGCUCAACUCCGGCGCAUCAGAAAUCUUCGACGACUGGUUGCUUCCCGAUACCCGGAAACAAAGAGUCAUGCUCAGUUGUUUCCGGGGCCGGACAACGAGAUCUGACUAACAAAGAACGCGAAGACACAUUGAAGAGAUACAGUGACAGUGUAAUUAAUGACACUCAAGAUCCAACAUCGAUGAAGAUUUUACGUAAAAUUGCAACAACCUAUGGGCCACGUCAUGUGUACACUCACAUUGCAUCCCAAGUAAAAUCUGUAGCUCCGUUUGUGAAAGUUGCUCAUCCCGAAGCGUUCGGCGCGAGGGCUGGGCUACAGCAGCACGCCUUGCAACCCCAGAAGAAGGCGCCCUUCAGGGAGAAGAUGAUGGCAUGCUUGGAAAGAUCCGUAAACGCUGCUAAAACUAUGCAUAACGUGGUAUACGAUCUUGAUUCAUUGCUAUAUACUCAUCGGCCUAACAUGACAGAAAAAACUCUGUCGAAUGAUGAUGAGGUCAGAUUAGGUCGUGCGAUAACUAGAGGUGCUUCGCUUAUAUUCGAAUCUAGGUUCGAAAGUGGAAAUUUACGAAAAGUUGUGCAGGUCGGACAGUUCGAGUACGAUUUAAUACUUAAUCCCGACGUUAAUUCUGAUAAAAGGCACAUGUGGUUUUAUUUCGAAGUCAGCAAUAUGAUGUCGGACGCUUCGUACACAUUCAAUAUAUGCAAUUGCGAGAAGCCUAAUAGCCAAUUCAACUACGGCAUGAAGCCCGUCAUGUAUUCCGUAACGGAUGCCGUCCUAGGAAAAGUCGGCUGGGUUCGAGUAGGUACCAAAGUUUGUUAUUACAGAAACGGCUACAGGAAUCCGAAUGUGAAGCAUAGCGCGCAGACUGGAAGCUACUUUACGGCGACGUUUACCGUGCAAUUUCCAUACUCCUGUGAUGUGGUUUAUCUAGCUUACCAUUACCCGUACACAUAUUCCAGAUUAUUAACUGAUAUAUGGAGGUUGCAGAAAAAUGCAACUCCUGAUAUUUUGAUGAGAGUUGAAACAUUAUGUACAACAUUAAAUGGAAACGAACAACCUCUAGUAACAAUCACUGCUACAGAUCAACCGCAAAAUAAAAUUUCAAACAGAAAAAUAAUAUUUCUAACUAGUCGAGUCCAUCCAGGUGAGACAAAUGCUUCGUGGGUCAUGCGUGGCACGCUGUAUUCUUUAUUAGGUUCCGGAUUACUCUCUCAGACAGCCCGCCGGCAAUAUGUUUUUAAAAUAAUACCAAUGUUAAAUGUCGAAGGAGUCAUUAACGGCUGUUAUCGUUGUGGACUAACAAAUGAAGAUUUAAAUCGAAGGUGGGGAGAUCCGCAUCCUACUAUUCAUCCAGAGAUCUACCAUGCCAAGGGUCUCAUAGAGUAUGCAGUGCGCAUUCUGUGUUCAGUUCCGGAAUUAUUUGUUGAUUACCAUGGACAUUCAAGAAGGAAAAAUGUUUUCCUGUAUGGGUGCUGCGCUCAAGACAGUUGGCGUCCAAAGGACAAAGAAGCAGCAUCCAAUAACGAUUAUUUAACACUACCAAUGCUGAUGUCCCGUACUUCGUCUGCAUUUUCUUUGCCUUUCUGCUCUUAUAAAGUAGAACGAAAGAAGGAAAGUACCGCUAGGGUCGUCGUUUGGAGACAGCUUGGGGUCAAAAGGAGUUAUACACUUGAAGCCAGCUUUUGUGGAUGCGAUCAGGGUGAAUUAGAUGGCUACCAUGUAGAUACAAGGAUAUUAGAAAGUGUUGGAAGGCAUUUAGUUGAUUGUUUAUCUGAACUGGAAACAGCAAACGUAUCUUCUUUGGCCAUAUCUCCUGAAUUUAAGAAAUCACGAGAAAUCGUAGUAACAGAAGAUCGUUGUCUGUCGGAUAUUUCGGACAGCGAUUCUGAAGAAUAUGAAGUUUGACAACGUUGUUUAGUAGGAUAAUUAUAAAUAAUAUGCUUAGUAUAUUUUGUUAUAUAUUUUGU